AGGCAGGGGCAGCAGCAGCAGCAGCUUCACUAAAGCUGGGACACACAGACAGACAGACAGACAGACAGGCAGACAGACAGACAGACAGACAGGCAGACAGACAGACAGACAGGCAGACAGUGAGACAGGGAGCAGCACGUUGGCACCUGCAACAUCCAGCCCUUUUUUAUUUUGAGCGAUUGUGCGUGUGUGUGCGCGUGUGUGUGUGCGCGUGUGCGUGUCUGAGUGUGAGUGUGUGAGUGCGUGAGUGUGUGUGGGGCUGUGUGUAUGCACACGCUUGUGUGUGCGUGUGUGUGUGUUGUGCACGCGCACCGCUUGUGCAAUACUUUAUGUACAUCCGAAUCCACCUCUCGAAGAAAGAAGAGAAAAUAAGAUUUUGACAACUGUCCUCUUGUAGACAUUUUAUUUUCAACGAGACCCCCAGCUGCACCGGAUCUAAGACAUCGCCUCUCUGCACAUUAAGAAUGGUCACUCAGAUACUCAGCACUAUGGAAACUCAGGUGGCAAAUGGUCCAACAAGCAACAACACAUCCAACGGCCCUUCCCUGAACAGUACAAACUGCUCCAUACCGAUGAUGGCCGGGCCUUCUGACGACAGCAAGACCAACCUCAUCGUCAACUAUCUACCACAGAACAUGACGCAGGAAGAGUUCAAGAGCCUGUUCGGAAGCAUCGGGGAAAUCGAAUCGUGCAAACUAGUGCGUGACAAGAUCACAGGUCAGAGCCUAGGAUACGGUUUUGUGAAUUACGUGGAUCCAAAUGAUGCUGACAAAGCCAUUAACACUUUAAACGGACUCAAGCUGCAGACUAAAACCAUCAAGGUUUCCUACGCCCGUCCCAGCUCUGCCUCCAUCAGAGACGCUAACCUGUACGUCAGUGGCCUCCCGAAAACCAUGAGCCAGAAAGAGAUGGAGCAACUCUUCUCACAGUACGGCAGAAUCAUCACCUCCCGCAUCCUUGUCGACCAAGUUACAGGAGUCUCCCGAGGAGUGGGGUUUAUACGAUUCGACAAGAGGAUAGAAGCAGAGGAAGCAAUUAAAGGGCUGAAUGGCCAGAAACCCCUUGGAGCAACUGAACCAAUCACAGUGAAGUUUGCAAACAACCCAAGCCAAAAGACAGGCCAAGCGUUGCUGUCUCAACUCUACCAGUCCAGCAGCCGGAGAUACCCAGGCCCCCUGCAUCACCAGGCACAGAGGUUCAGGCUGGACAAUUUACUGAACAUGGCGUACGGAGUGAAGAGUCCUCUGUCUCUGUCUACCAGGUUCUCUCCCAUCACCAUUGAGGGCAUGACCAGCUUGGCAGGCGUCAACUUGUCUGGUCCCACAGGUACCGGCUGGUGCAUCUUUGUUUACAACUUGUCUCCAGAGGCAGACGAGAGCGUCCUGUGGCAACUCUUCGGGCCGUUUGGGGCCGUCACCAACGUCAAGGUGAUCCGCGACUUCAACACCAACAAAUGCAAAGGCUUCGGUUUCGUCACCAUGACCAACUACGACGAGGCGGCUAUGGCCAUCGCCAGCCUGAACGGCUAUCGUCUUGGGGACCGCGUUCUGCAGGUCUCCUUCAAGACCAGCAAGACACACAAGUCGUGAAGGGGCUCCCCUCCCCCACCCCCUCCCCCCC